AUGCCGCCUAAAAAGAUUGCGCCGAAGACGUCACAGGCGACGCAGAAGCCACAGCCGGCGCCACAACAGACGCAGCCGACGCCACAACAAACACGGCAGAAGCCACAGUCGGCGCCACAGAAGCAUCAGCAGAAGCCUCAGCAAACGCAGAAGCCCGCACCGAUCCAGAAGACACAGCAGCAGAGUGCUCCGAAACAGCAAAGUCAAGCUGCCUCCAAACCCAAACCUAAGAGCAACAAUGCAGCUGAUACCGCUAGCAGCCAGCCAGCAAUUCCAGAGCAUGAAGUUAAGCAAAGCUCGUCGAUGAGUGCCCAGUUGGCGCUCGAAGCAGCAAAGAAAGCUUAUGACCUUCGUCAAGCAGCAUACGGCGCUGGCGAUCCAAAUGCCCGCGAAGAAAUACUGGCCAAAGCUGUCAAUAAAGAGAUCGAAGCCGAAUCCUUUGGCAAGGCCGCCAAGUACACCCGCUCCGGGGCAUUCCAGGGACUAGCGGCCGGUGCCGGUGUGGGGGUUCAACCAGGCGCGACCAUUGGUAAGUUGACUGGGGCCUUAGUUGGUGGGGUUGUGUCUACCUUGGGUGGCGUAUUAGGCGGCGGCAUUGGAUCUGCGUAUGGCGCGAUGAGUGGCCCGUUCUGGGAUCUGGGCCAAAUGGCAAGUCAGGGCGUGAGGAGUAUCACUGGCGAUUGGCCGAAUUGGGAAGCUACGUCAAGUCAGAAAAAGUCGCUAGAAAAGAUGGUCAUCGGGGCCCAACAGACCAAGCCACCCACUGAACAAGAGUUGCAACAGAUGAAGGACGACAACGGAGGUGGCACUUCGCAGGACCAACAGCAGUUCUACCAGGACCUGACGAGCUAUAUCCCGAACAUGCCCUCGAUGCCGUCGAUGCCGAGUAUGCCCAGCAUGCCCAAUAUGUCCAGCAUGCCUUCGAUGCCUUCGAUACCAGGCUUCGGAGGAGGUUCGAAAAGGGCCAAUCAAGCGCCUGGUCCAGCUUCAAAUCAGAGUCAGCAACCACAACCAAAGCCCCAACCGUCUACUCAAGCACCGAACCAAGUCCAGCAACAACAGGCACCACCGAAGCCUCCAGCUACUGCUCCAGCGCCUCCCAAGCCGCAAACUAGAUCUGCUGUGCCUCAAAAGCCCCAGGCUACUCCUCCGGCUUCGUCGAAGCCACAAGCUGCCCAUCCACAGGCUGCUGCCAGUCCUACAAAGCAGCAACCCCCUGAAAAGCCGGCUGAGGGCGCGGCGAAAAGGAAGCCGAAAAAGCUGGAAUCUAGGUCAACCAGCAGUACACCUUCCCAGUCCAAUCCUCCCGCCGCACGAAAGGCACCACCAAAACUGGGCAAACGUGGCCCUCAGACUGCGGCAGCCAGCGCGUAA